UCAAAUGAAAAGAAACGUCUGCCUUGAUUUCCGGUUGUUGAAAUGCCGGUAUUACUUGUCAUUUCACAUUUAUCUAAACGAAGACCUGUCUUUUUCUCUAUUUCAUUCAACACCAACUCGCGGACUAGUUUUAUCUGAUCUUUUAUAUCACCUUUUUCACUCCACUGAAAUACAGCUGCACGCAAAUGAUAGAUGAAUUGUGGCAUCGCAGUUCCUGAGAGUCUCAGAAUCGAUACUUCUUUCGGUGGAUGAAGACGAAUGGAAAUAUAGCUAAUCAACCACGCUAAAUCUCGUAGCAACAUUUAUUUUUCAAAUAAGUUCCAAAAAUCUAGUGAAGACCUAUAUGAGGUAAAAUGUGGUUUCUCUUCACAUCAUUUCUCUGUGAUGUUCGUACCUUUGUCUUUGCGAACUGAUUCGGGUGAAGUUUUGUGGAACAACAAAACACCCAAUAGUUCUCAUUGGUGUAGGCUUCUUGCAAUAGUUGCAGAGAAGGAAUCUACGAAAUUAUUACAAUUUAUUAAUGGCAUUUUUGAGCCAGUCGAAAAAUCUUUACGUGAAAAUGGUACGUCUUUCGAAUAUAAAAGUGUUACUUAUAAUGUUAAGGUAGUAAUUGAAAACCGUAUGAAAGACUUGAAAGUGCGAACGGUGGAAUCAGGAUUAGGUGGAGCAGAUUGUUUAUUAUGUGCUUCUAGACGUGCUGAUUGGAAAGAUGUGAGUAAAAUAGAAGAUCCUGCUUAUUUUGCAAUUAAUCGUACGGCGGAAAAAACUCUUGACAUUUAUAAAACGUUGUUACGAGCCAAUGGUGAGUUGGAAAAAACUAACGAGGGAACAUUCCCAGGUGCCCCGCUCCGAUUUCGUUCGUUCAUGCAUCAUUCGAUAGGGGGUCUCGAGUAG